AACUCUUCCAUUGAGUUUUGGAUUAGGGCAGAAGUCAACAAAAUAGUUACUUUUAAUAUCUAGAUAGUAGGAUUUUAAUGUGGACGGGGAAUAGAGCCGCAGGAACCAUUUAGACUUCUCUAAUUUAUGCGAUAAUUUCCCAGCUGAGCAUUUACAUUUGAUUCGAUACAAUACAAUGCCAUUUAAUUAUUACUGGCAAAUUUAUUUGCGGCAGGCGUGAGACUUUUCAUUUCUCCGUGCUACUUACCGGCGUGAAAUUUUUCCUGUGGUGGGUUUCCCACCUAAAAUAUCAGCUUCUUGUGCUGUUUAGAACCUCGGUUCCCUCAUUUUCCACUGGUUUAACAUUGUUCUUCGAUGAGUGAGUUAACGUGCGAAAUGAAGAGAGCCAACACGGGGGAGCCCAAGCAAGAGGGCAAUGAAAUCUCCUUUCAUAUUCAACAUUCUUCUCUCACUCUUCCAGACGGAUUGCAACAACCAAAUCUCAAUUGCAGUGGCUUUAACGACGGAGACAUAAAACUCAAUUUACUAGUGAAUUUUGGAUCUGAAGAGAAUGCAUUAAUGGUGUACACAGCACUGUCUGUUGAUAAAGAGUUACAGCCUGACAAAGUGAAGAGGGAUAUGGUUUUGAGUGGUCCCCAACUUUUAGUUAAUUUUUCAGCAGUGGAGGUUAGAUUCCUGCGUGCUUCAUUCAGUGCAUUUAUGGAUGUCCUAGUGCUUGCUACCAGAACCAUUGAACAAUUUGGUUCUAGUUAGAUUAUCAACUACUCUAUAGUUAUUUGUUAUUUAUAUGAAAGGCAUACAGUGGCUGGAUUUGAAGCUCUUUAGCCUAUUUUCAGCUUCUCUCAAGAGCCAUAUUGUGUGAGACAUGCCGAUAAAGGGAAACUGUAGAGGCAUAAGAUCUUUUUGAUUGAUACUUUACAUAAAAUAUGCUUUCUUGGUCCUUGUUAGAGACAUUGGGCACUUUCAUCAAGAAGUAUUAUUUAUAAUGUAUUUGAACUUUAAGUCAGCAUCCGGACUCAUUUCACACAAAGAUAAAAAGAUGGUAUCUAAUGUCUAAUUUCACUAUCCAUCCACUUGAUGCAGGUCACUCUGAUAUAUGAACCAGGAACAUGGCCAAGGAAAGGAGCCUUUCCUUGUGUACAUUAAGCACAUUCUCAAUUUUUUUGUAUAAUAUUUUCAUAACUUAACUUUUCUAAUUGAAAUAUAUGAUAUCUGAAUGGAUGGUUUUGAUA